CCCCCCAAGCCCCCAUCACCAUCGCCCCCCUCCCGUGUUAUACCGCGUGGGUGACGGCACGGAGUGUCCCAGUGUCGCCCUUCUCCGUCUGUACCAGGUGCGGAGGGGAGCGGUGGUGCUUCGGUUGGCGCACUGUCCCGCGGAUGACAUCGGCGGGCCACGCAUCGGACUGGGGUCGGGACUCCAGCCUCCUCGGAGAUCCACGCGGCCUCACUCUCCUGACACGGAGCCUCACGAGGAGGGGCCCAGUGGGGAGAUGCAGAACCUUCUGGGGCCCGCGUGCAUCUUCCUCCGGGGUGGCCUAGCCGAGGCCCUCAUCAAGGAGAGGGAACUUCGUCCCGAAGAGAUUGAAGAGCUGCGCGAGGCGUUCCGCGAGUUUGACCGCGACGGCGACGGCUUCAUGACGUGCCGCGACCUGGGCCUGUGCAUGCGGACCAUGGGCUUCAUGCCCACCGAGAUGGAGCUGCUGGAGCUCUCGCAGAGCAUCAACAUGACUCAGGGUGGCCGCGUGGACUUUGAGGACUUUGUGGAGCUGAUGGCCCCGAAACUCCUGGCGGAGACGUCGGGGAUGGUGGGGAUCAAAGAGCUGAGGGACGCCUUCCGUGAGUUUGACACGAACGGGGACGGCAGGAUCAGCUCAGCGGAACUGCGUGAGGCCGUGGGGCAGCUGAUGGGGGAGCAGGUGUCGGCCCGGGACAUCGACGAGAUCGUGCGAGACGUGGACACCAACGGCGAUGGACACGUCGACUUCGAGGAGUUCGUGAAGAUGAUGUCGCGCUGAUGGGCGAGACCGUCCCACGGGCGAGCGGUACCGCGAGUCGCUCGACGCCGCCGCCGCCACUCAUCCCACACAUCGUACCCCCAACCCCCCGACCCCACCACCCGGCCCCCGGACCCGGUCACCCUCUCCCCCACCUGCGCUUCCCUCCCACAUUGAAACGCGGCACCUCUCCGGCGCGCAUUUUCGCGUUGUUGCCGCGUGCCGGUUGUUUGGAGCGCCAUGUCUGACGUUUUGCUGCACAUGCCGGGAAAAGCUUCUCCUGCUGGGAAGGAGGCUCCCAGCACGUGGAGCGGAGAUGUCGCACAUGGCGCCCAAAUGGAACGCGGGCGACUCACGCGAGAGCGGCGGCGGGAACACCGAGGGGAGUUUGGGAGGGAGCCCGGAGCCGAUGCUUUAGUCAGCGUUACCACCUUCGAUAGCGUCAAUCGAGCCAUUCCAGCUUCUCUGUGUGGCCAACAGCAGUGACUCGUUUGAGAAACACUUCAAAUGACCGACUGGGUUCUCAAGUAGUUCACUCUCAUUCGCUCUCGACAUACAUGGGUAGUGCUAAGGUUUUGCUACAUUCGGUGGCACCAGUUUCUGCUCUUGCCCGUGGGCUAAGCGUCUCCUCGCGAGUUCAACCACGAGUUGUCAAUCCCUAUCCUGUAUCCAAAUGUAUUCACCACCACCCCUCGUAUAGAGCUGCUCGACACACGGUGCGUUUCAGCGACACUUUCCGUGCAAGCCGCAGCAACGUAGACCAGAUAACGUGACGCACCGUGCAAUGCAAAUUCCGUUCGUCCUUAACGUGCUUGUGUGCGUCCGCGUGUGUGUGUGUUCCUUGCAAAAGCGAAGGCCCUUGUCUGAUGUAUCUUCAUAUAUAUAACACACAUAUACUUUGGAGCUAGUUCUGUUGGUCCCCUGUUCAGUAAAGCUACCAGAUUUCUGGGAGGUCAUCCAGUACAUGGUGACGAGCCGACAACCCCCUCCUUCCGUCAGGCCGCGCCGUUUCCUAUUGGCAGGAGUUGAACAGCAGGCCAGAACAGCAGAGGCCCCCGACAAAAUCCUGAGUUUUUGCGGUUGACAUUGGGACAGACUUUGUGAACCCACCAAGGUGUGAACCAGAAACAUGGCAGCUACCGGUACCGGUACGCAGCUGCCCUGCUGUAGCAACGAGAGGAAACGGAGGAGUGUGUACUUUUUAGCCAGAGCCGUUGUUAUUCCACGCACACUGCCCGUGUCGGUCCAGAUUCAUUACUCGUGUCUUCCCCAUAGUGACCCCACCGUUAGAGUCACGACCUCCGAGAUAACAAAAAUAUCAUGGUAAAGAGGAAUAUCUCACGAUAUCAGAAAAUGGGAGCGCUAUGUGUGAAUUCAUCGCUUAAUUGGUGCAUUAUUAUCAUUCUUAUUCCAGUGAGUAAAAAAAACAGAGACUUGUCAGGUUACAGGGAAAUUGACAAGAUUUGCCAGGAUGGGAGCAGCUGCCUCCUGGGAAAACCAGGACAGGGUUGUUUUAUGAAGCAACAGGGGUUGUUGACAAGCUGCUGUUGUGGGGCUACGUUGUCAACAGCAGAGGGCCGUGCAGCAAAAUCCAUUGUUGUACUGCACUUCAAUGCUCCCGCGUCUAUGCCCCGCAAAUAGAUUGACCCACACUUGACCACCGUGGUGAAGUGUGGUCAAAUAACUUUAACACAAAGGCAGCUUUUACAAGCAAUAUUAUUCACGAUAAAGUUUUUUUGGGUUAGAGAUCGCGUAAAUGUAACUGUUGUACACCCACAUCCACGCAAGACAGCCAUUAAGGUUUGUCACGUGAUCAGAACGUGCGAAUGUAAUACUUCUGGCAAAUGCCUGAUGCUGCUGAUUGUAACCACCAGCGAGACAUCGAUACGUCAAUUGUAAAUGUUGUGGUUUUGCUCUCCAACACACAACCGGUGGUGCCAAAGUAGUAACCAAUGUGCACGUUCCAUUCACGUGACAAAUCGUACUAAUUGGCUGUCGAGUGGAGGUGGAUUUAUACGAUCUCAAGCCCAAAACAACUUUAUCUUAAAUAUAGUCAAAUAACUGCCCAGCAACCCGCACGGCGUGGGUGGGGGGGGAGGAGCACUCAUCCAGCAGUGGUUUUGCCGAAAAGGUCCGUUCGCGUUCCCCAUGCGGCGCACGUGCAGGGAAGAGUCGAGCGAAACGUCUCUGGAGGAAGGGCCCAGUUCACACGACCAUCCAGCAGUAGACUCCCUGUGCGCCAGAGCAGUGAGACCGUGGCACCACAUCGUGCCCAGGCGGAGUGGUUGAUGUUGCCCUGCACGUGCUGGAGGAGGAGGCAGUCCCAUGGUCUCUGUGGCUACGUGGGGCUGACGUCCACACACAUAACAUCGACAUACAAAUUUAUUGAUUUAAUUGUAAUACCUUUUUCUUGUGUAUCUGGUGCUGCGUGUAAAAACGUUCGCUAAAUAAAAGUAGCCUCCCUUCCUCCGCACGGCUGCAAGGCAGAAGCAUGUUUCUCCGUAACCGCAGGGAGUUGCGCCCCGCUUUUCUUUACGCUUUCCAGCCAAGGUUGAAUCCUUUUGCAUUUUGGCUCUGUCCGUCCGAUCCUGAUUCUGUCUGUGUUGGUAACGCGGGCUCGCGAUAACUUUGCAAAGCAAGACGAUCCUCCCGGCGGUUGGUGGCCCAAGUAACGUGGGCUGUGACCACACACAGAUGUCACCAAAUUCCCCUUCCCUUGAGCGUCAAGUGGCCAUUCCGUAGCCUGGCAAUAGACGGCAGUACAUAAUUCUGUACGAGAUCAAGUGUUUGCGCCCUUGCACGUGUGAGUUAUCUCCAGAUGCUUCACACGUAAAAACAACUGGUUAAUUGGCCGAAAAAUAUUUUAAUAUAUAGGACCGCAGAGCUUGGGCAACUGUUGGCAGCGCCAGCUCGACGCCCUGGUCGCCGGUGCCCUUCAAGCUCUGUGGUUCGUCGGCGAUUGCGAGGGAUGCAAUUUGCACGAUGACGCAGCACGAAACUGAACUUCAUCCCAACUCAAGAGAAGAUUGGGCAAAACCGGUGGCAUUGGCGACAUUUGAUCGGCCAAUGGCCACGCGCGAUGACGUCACGCCACGCACUCGUCCGCUCCCCGUCGACGUUUUUACGCAAAGCUGCGUCAUCGCCGCCAAUUAAAUAACCCCCCCGAAAGUAAAACGCUCGUUGGAAAGCGUCAAAAGAAUCCGCGCACGUGCAACGAAUUCACCCUUUGCUUGAAAUCGCUGUUCGCGGUUUUCUUGGGCGUCGUCUCUUCCGAUAACGACGCCCCCCCCCCCCCCCCCCCCCCGUUUUCAGUGGAACUCCCUCUGCAGCAGUAGCUGCAGCUGGUGCUUUUAGGGGAUACGUCCUCUCUCUUCUGAGAGUCGGCGCACGUAGCCGUUGGGGGACGCAGGCGGUGCAAUCGCACCCUAACCCCCGUGGUACGACCACAACCACGACACCCGCUUGUGUUGCUAGCACUUUGAAGCUCCGUGUGACACCAUUCCAUCACCACUUACCCCGUAAUAAAGCCUCGGAUUAACAGG